AUGCGAGUGUCUACUCAGAACUCAAAGCUUUUUGAGGAGAAUCCUAUCGACCGCUUCAUCCCCGUGACCAAGCUGAAGUACUACUUCGCCGUGGACACCCUCUACGUGGGCAGGAAGCUCGGCCUCCUCCUCUUCCCCUUCCUGCACCGGGAUUGGCAGGUGCAGUACCAGCAGGACACACCCGUGGCCCCCCGCUUUGACAUCAAUGCCCCGGACCUCUACAUUCCAGUCAUGGCAUUCAUCACCUACAUCCUGGUGGCAGGGCUGGCCCUGGGAACGCAGAACAGGUUCUCCCCCGACCUGCUGGGCCUGCAAGCCAGCUCAGCCUUGGCCUGGCUAAUCGUGGAAGUCUUGGCCGUCCUCCUGAGCCUCUACCUCGUGACAGUCAACACCGAUUUGACCACCAUCGAUUUGGUCGCUUUCUCAGGGUACAAAUACGUGGGGAUGAUUGUGGGCCUUGUGGCUGGGCUGCUUUUUGGGAAGACGGGCUACUUCCUGCUGCUGAGCUGGUGCUGCCUGUCCAUCUUCGUCUUCAUGAUCCGGACCCUGCGCCUGAAGAUCCUGUCCGAGGCGGCCGCCGAAGGAGUGCCAGUGCGGGGGGCCAAGAACCAGCUCCGCAUGUACCUGACCAUGGCUGUGGCCGGCCUGCAGCCCGUUUUCAUGUACUGGCUCACUUUCCACCUCGUCCGCUGACGGUCAAGCGGAGCCUGGCGCCGCUCCAGCUAGGAGGCAGCGGCCGCUGGAAAUCGACGGGACAGCCCACCUCCAACCGGACCCUGAGUGCGUGGGGUGUGUGUGUGUGUGUCAGUGGGCCGGGCAGGAGGCAGACACACAGGGCGGCGGCGGCAGCAGCAAGCCUCUUCCUCCACUCCCUUCCCGGGGCAAGGGGAGUGGGGUGCCCUGCGCUGUGGCUGUCUGCUUUUCCCCUGUCCCUCUGGCUGGGACCCCUCAGCUGCCCCCGUGGCCCAGGCUGGAUCAUAUCUGGUAGGUGCCCAGCUGCCUCCCAGUGUCUGUUUACGUUCUUGCUAGUUUGUGUGUCAGUAUUACUGUGAAAGGGAUCCACCCACCGGUGCUUGCUUUUCUGUUAAACCCCACCCGUUUGGAUGCUGCCAGGUGGGUGACUUGUGUUCAGACAUCAAGCAAAUAAAGCACAACCCC